CUCCCAGCUGAGCAGGGAGCCCGAUGCGGGGCUCGAUCCCAGAACCCUGAGAUCAUGACCUGACCCAAGGCUGAUGCUUAAAUGACGAGCCACCCAGGCACCACUGUAAAUACCUAUUUCUAAUCAUACUUUUACCCACUCAUUUUAGCAUCCAUUGAUUAUUCUUGUCCAAAAGUUACAGAUUAGGCUCGACCCUGGACUGCCACACCAUGGCGGAGGAGGAGCUGGAGGCUCUGAGGAAACAGAGGCUGGCCGAACUGCAGGCAAAGCAUAGGGAUCCUGGCGAUGCUGCACAACAGGAAGCAAAACACAGGGAAGCAGAAAUGAGAAACAGUACCUUAGCCCAAGUCCUGGAUCAGUCAGCCCGGGCCCAUUUAAGUAGCUUAGCACUUGUAAAGCCUGAAAAAACUAAAGCAGUAGAGAAUUACCUCAUACAGAUGGCAAGAUAUGGACAACUAAGCGGGAAGGUAUCAGAACAAGGUUUAAUAGAAAACCUUGAAAAAGUAAGCCAAAAAACAGAAAAGAAAACCACAGUUAAAUUCAACAGAAGAAAAGUCAUGGACUCUGAUGAAGAGGAUUAUUGA